UGGUAAAUACGGUUUGCCGCGAGAGGGCUACGAGUCGCCGUUGUUGCUCGACACUCGACACGACCGCCAAGUGCCAUGCGUGUAAAGUGCACGAGUUUUAUCAUUGUUGCGAGCAAUCACCAAAUAUGAUAUUCUGCGAAUCGAACGUUAAAGACGCCGGUAAAUUCAGCUGUAAAUGCGUGUGCUUUUCGUGUUGAAACGGUAGCGAAAACGGUAGCCGCUUCGCGUCGAUGAAGAACGCGUUCGAUCAACACCGACGAACGCACGAUAAGUUGAACGAUUUUGUCAAAGGCUUUUGACGAAUCAUCGAAAAAUGCUUCAAACGUUACGCGAACGUUCGCAGAAACGCAAAAAGUUACUCGCUCAGACGCUAGGCGUUUCGAGCGUGGACGAGCUGCGGCAAAUUCUAGGAACGGACGUGGACGACGCGGCGCAGCGGAAAAGAGUGAAAUCGAUACCGGAGAAGCCGGAAAAUGCUGCGAAAGAUUCGAAAAACGAGGCGGUUCCGACCGACGAGAUCGUUUACAAAGACUCUUCGACGUUCUUGAAGGGAACUCAGUCGUCGAAUCCGCAUAACGAUUACUGUCAACAUUUCAUCGACACCGGCCAACGACCGCAAAAUUUCAUCAGGGACGUGGGUUUGGCCGACAGGUUCGAGGAAUAUCCGAAACUAAGAGAACUGAUCAAGCUGAAAGAUGAUCUUAUAGCGGAAACCGCCACGCCACCAAUGUACUUGAAGACGGAUCUACUCGCGUAUAAUUUGAAAGAGCUAAAUUGCAAAUUCGACGUUAUAUUGAUAGAGCCUCCGUUGGAGGAAUAUCAACGGACCUGCGGUGCUACGAACGUUCAGCUAUGGAAUUGGGAUCAGAUAAUGGAAUUAGAUAUCGGCGAAGUGGCAGCCAAUCGAAGCUUCGUGUUUCUCUGGUGCGGUAGCAGCGACGGAUUAGAUAUGGGACGUUUUUGCCUUCGCAAAUGGGGCUUCAGACGAUGCGAGGACAUUUGUUGGAUUCGAACGAACAUCAAUAAUCCGGGACACAGCAAAAAUCUGGACAGUAAAGCGGUUCUUCAGAGAACGAAAGAACAUUGUCUGAUGGGCAUCAAAGGAACCGUCCGACGAUCCACGGACGGCGAUUUCAUUCACGCGAACGUCGAUAUAGAUCUGAUCAUAUCGGAAGAGCCCGAGUACGGUUCCAUAGAGAAGCCCGUCGAGAUAUUUCACAUAAUCGAGCAUUUCUGUCUUGGCAGACGACGGUUGCACUUGUUCGGUCGCGACAGCACCAUUCGACCUGGCUGGCUGACCGUUGGCCCCGAAUUGACCAACACGAACUUUAACGCGGAUCUUUACACGAGCUACUUUGCCAACGGUCAAAUCACAACUGGAUGUACCGAACGCAUCGAGGCACUCAGGCCAAAAUCUCCGCCACCGAAGGGAAAAGUUGCCGGUCGGGGUAGAGGCGGUUUCAAUCGUGGACGAGGCAGAGGAAGCAUUAUUUCAUCUGGAUCCAUAAUCUAUAUAAGCGCAUCUCCUUGAUUAGCCUACAGAGCAACGCGGACAUUCCUUCGAAACACAAGUCAGCGUUUAUAUACGAAGCUGCACAACUCGACUAAACUUUCGCGUUGUUAGGAAAAGAUCGCUUUGCAUUCAUCGGCGCAAUAAGAAAGGACAAACGUUACACAGAAAGCACAUACAUACGUACGUAUAUCGUUAAAAAGCUGAGCUUGAAAUUUCUCUCUUUGAACGUUAACACAUUUUUUCCGAGAUUCAGAACCAUAUAUGGUGUGUACGCGGUUCAGAGAAUUUACAAGCUCGUCGAUGAGAUGAGUGUAUAAAAACAUUGUCUAUUAUAAAAAUAUAAAUUCUGCUAAAACUAUAGGACGCAAACUUGCGAAAAAUAAGCGCAAAACGACGAAAAAUGGCAUUUGCCAGUGUGAACGAUGUUCCAUACAAUACUAUUCAAACGGAGCAAAAGGUAGUCGUCGAUAAAGGAAGAAAGUAACGUCGUGUGAAAUUAGCCUUCGUUAAUCCGUGAAAGUUUAAUCGUUAAUCGUAAAAGGAGGAAAAGGUUUGUCCGAUCGCGAUCAAUUAUCUCGAUAGAUUGAUUCGAUGGAUAGUCGAGUUUGUAAUGUUCGCGCAACGGUAUACAAAGGAGAGCAAAAUCGAUGUACGAGGAUGACUGGUGAUGCGCUCACAAAACAUCUAUCAUUCCUCCGUCUGAGAGAAGGCGGUAUCGGCCAACACGCUGGUCCAUGUCCACUAAGGGGUGAACAGACACACAGAGACGGAAAAAGUCAGUAAACAUGUGUGCGGAAUACCUGUUACGUACACAGCUAAUAUUUACAUGUGGAUGUGUGUGUUUGUUACAUAUAUCAUUGGAUCAACUUUACAACUAAAUACGAACCGGUCGAGGGUAAAGUGAAGCUUCGUCUAAAGAAAUUUCCUUCUUUUCUUAUAGAAUAAGAAUAUUAGUAAGACUAUUCGACACUCGUACCCUCACCGUCUGAAAUAUUGCUUUAGGUAUGUACAUGUUACGAAAGGCACAGAGCAAGUGCCAUUACGUAUAAGCAUGCUAAAGCAAACGAUCAAUCCAAUACAACAUCGACUGCAAUCAUUCGAAACGUUCAGAGUAGAUCGGAAAAUAUUCGACGCCCACUUAAUUAUAUUACGUGGACAAAGAAAAAAUAAGCGUGCGAGAUAGUGAGUUUCUAUGUGAAAAACGUCAUAUAUAAAACAAAACCAUUCUACAAACUAUACAAAAUAUGUACCAACACUGAUAUGAUUCUUUGACAAAAUAUGAACUGGUAGAUCCCGUGAAAUCUGUAUCCGUUAAAAUGUUAGAUUAUUUGAAACGCAUUUCAAGUGGAUAGAAAAUAUGAAUCAAGGUGAAAAUAACAAAUAGAAA